AUGAGUAGCGACGUGCGAUUGCUCUUAGUACGGCAAGGCUCUGAAGUCGUUCAACACAUGGAUUCUGUUUUUUCUGAAGUAACGCGUUCUGAUGCUAUGGCUAAGGGAGAGACAAGGAGACUAAAACGAGAGUGGUUUUAUCGCAAGUUGACCAACGGAGAGAAGGUUUUACGUAGCUGGAUGGCCUACUCCCCUUCUAAAGCAUCACUGUUUUGUAUCUGUUGUCGCUUAUUUCCGCACAAUGGAAAUGAUUCAAAGUUCUCCUCAGCAGAUGGACUUAAUUCUUGGUGGAAAUUGAACCCUAAAGUAGGCAAUCAUGAAUCGAGUGUUGUACAUUGCCAAAAUUUUAGCCAAUGGAAGGAGCUAGAACUGAGAAUCCGGAAAGGACUGACUAUUGACAAGGAAGCCAAAGAAGUAGUCGAAAGAGAAACUAAACGUUGGCGAGAGACUCUCACUAGAAUGGCCGACAUUAUAAGGUUCCUCGCUAAACAAAAUUUAGCUCUGCGUGGCCAUAGAAAAGAUGAUACAAGCGGAAGCAGAGGAAAUUUUUUAGAACUUGUUCAUCUUCUUGAAAAGUACGAUCCUGUUUUACGGGAACACCUUGUGAGCAUCAAUAUGGGACAGAAAAUUUCAGUUACAUAUAUGUCAUCGGAAACCCAAAACGAAUUCAUCGUAAUUUUAGGCGAUCACGUCCGUCAGCAAAUUUAUCGUCAAAUUAAAAAAGCCAAGUAUUAUUCCAUUAUAUUUGACAGCACUCCUGACAUUUCUCACAGGGACCAAACUAGUCAAGUUUUACGCUACGUAGUUAUUGAAAAUCAGGAAGUGCGAGUAGUGGAAUCAUUUAUAGAUUUCAUUGAAACGAAAAGCAAGACUGCUGGAGAUAUUGCAGAAAUGAUUUUGAAGAAACUCAACAGUGAUGGCUUGGACAUAAUGGAUUGCCGAGGUCAAGCGUACGAUAAUGCUGCUGUCAUGGCCGGUAAGCAUACUGGAGUUCAAGAAAGGAUCAAGGAUAUAAAUCUAAAAGCUGAAUUCGUACCUUGUUCGAACCAUUCAUUGAAUCUCGUUUGUCUACACGCUGCCUCAGUUGAAGCAAAAUCGGUAACGUUUUUUGGCACGUUAGAACGCUGUUAUGCAUUUUUUUCCAUGUCAACUCACCGCUGGGAAGUUCUGCUUGCUGCUACCGGUAAAAGCUUGAAAAGGAUUCAAGAUACCCGAUGGAGCGCGAGAGGUGAUGCAGUAAUAAUGAUGCAUAAACAUUACAAAGAAAUUCUCACCGCUCUAGAAAAACUAACAGCGCCAGAAGAAAGUUCAAACACCAGGGCAGAUGCAGGAACUUUGCUCGUUGCGUUGGAAUCAUUUUCGUUCCUUUGUUUUUUGGGCUUUUGGGAACUAGUACUUCUUGAAAUUAAUGAUGCUCAAAAUUAUUUGCAAACAAAGGGACUCAACGUGCAACAGUGUGCUCAAAAAAUAAGUGCACUACAAACGUUACUAGUUCAAAAGCGAAACGAGCUGGUAGACGGAGCCUUGAUUUACUCAAAAGGAUUGUGUGAUGAACUGGGUUUAUCCAUGGAACCUCGUCGACGUAGAUUGAAGAAACAAACAUUCGGUGACGGAAGUACAGAUGCUGGUUUGACCUACGAAAAUGAGUUGAGAAGAACACUGUUUUCCUCUUUGGAUAGAGUUAUUUCUGAGAUUCGAUCGAGAUUUCAGCAGCUCGAUAAUUUGGCAGAGAAAUUUUCCUUUCUUACACCAGCAAAACUACUGGAUGUUACUGGAAAAAAGCUAAUGUAG